AUGUAUACCCUGGCUGCGGCGUAUUUUCUUAAUGUAGAAACCAAACGCUACCUUCAAACUCUCCUCCUCACCAUAGAUGAGGUUAAGACAGGGGGCCUGAUCCUAUGUGGGGAUUUUAACUUUAUCCAACUGCCAACCUUAGACACGACAGCCCGCCCCACGG